UUCCAAAAUCCUCCACAACGAAAUAGCUGCUCUCUGGAGUCAAACCCCAUUUAACUGUUAAAACCCAAGAAUCUAAACCCUAAUAAGCUUUGCUGAGAUUAUCUCUAUCAACAAUUUCAAAAUUGUUCUGGAAAUUGCUUUGGAUUACCUCAACAACUUCAGUGGAUAUUCUUCUUCUUCUUCUUCCAUUGUUAAGCACGACCCCUUUUCACAGCACCAGCGGGUAGACUCGAGAUAAGCCCUAAAGGGAGAAUCGAAGCUUUCAGUGUUUCUUUCGAUUCUAUACUGAGCUUGAAUUACAAUUUCAUGCAAAUCUUCUGCCGGAUUCAACCAAUAAUUGUCAAAUCGAUAUGGUGGCCAUAACUAGUGAAGAAACUGAGAUUGAAGUAUUACAGUGUUCAGUGGAGAACACCAUCUCUCUUCAAGAUUCUGAUGGUGAUUAUGACCAGGAAGAGGAAGAAGAAGAAGAUGACGAGGAAGAAGUACCUGUUACUCUAGGUUUCGUCGAGAAACCGAAGAAUCCUAGUUCCCUUCUCCCUCAGUUUUUUCCUAGCAAGGCUGGAGGAACACCUGCUUGGUUAGACCCAGUUGAUUUACCAUCAGAAAAAUCUCGUACUUGUGGCAUUUGUGGAGAUCCUCUACGGUUCUUGCUUCAGGUUUAUGCUCCGAUCUCUGGAAAGGAGUCGACAUUCCAUCGAACAUUGUUUGUGUUCAUGUGUUCAUCAAUGACCUGCCUUCUUCAAGACCAACACCAGCAAUGGAAACGGCGACCAGAAAAGCAGUGCAGAAGUGUGAAGGUUCUUCGGUGCCAGCUACCCCGAUCAAAUGCUUAUUACUCAAGUGAGCCUCCAAAAUUAGACAGGACCAGCAGAUCGCCUGGAGUUGGAGCUCUACUCUGUAAUUGGUGUGGUACAUGGAAAGGAGACAAGGUAUGCAGUAGUUGCCGGAAUGCACGCUAUUGUUCUGAAAAACACCAGGCUGUUCAUUGGCGUUCAGGGCAUAAACAGGCGUGUAAACAGAUAAAUAUCUCAUCUCAAUUUUCAGAGUCUAGCACCAGCAAUGGGAAAACCACUUCAAACCAAGCAGUUGUAGCUAUCAAUGUCCUCUGGCCAGAGUUCGAGAUCUCUCAUGAGGAUGAGGCUGAAUAUGAAUACGAUACUGAGGUAUCUGAAAACGAUUACUCAAGCUCAUUGGUCCUUCCUAAAAAAAAGGAUGAAGCUGUUGAAGCAAUGAUGGGUGAUUUUGAGGGCGAUGAUGAUAGAAGAAGUUGGACUUCUUUUCAAGUGUGCGUUGGUAAAGCACCCGAGCAAGUAUUAAGGUAUACUCAAGACUCGAAGGCAAAACCACUUUGGCCCAUGGCAAGUGGACGUCCUUCUAAAGCUGAUAUUCCAAAAUGCAACUACUGUGAUGGCCCUCUAUGUUUUGAGAUGCAGAUUUUGCCACAGCUGCUGUAUUUCUUUGGUGUGAAGAACGAUGUGGACUCACUUGAUUGGGCAACGAUAGCUGUGUACACAUGUGUAGAUUCUUGUGAAACAAGUGUUGCCUAUAAGGAGGAAUUCGCUUGGGUUCAGCUUAACUCUCAAACAACUACACACCCGUGAGCAGUUCCUGCCAGGCCUGAAUGUGAGGUAAACUAGGAGAUGAAGGGUCGAGAAUAAGUUGUGUCGCCACCGAUUCCAACGACAAAUCUCUAUCUGGCUAAAUAAUGCAGGGUAGUUCAGGAAAGAAGCCAGGAGCUCAAAUGAAGAAAUAUGUUGAGCUAAAUACACCAAGUCACCACCAGCGAGCAAGUGACAUAUAUAUAUAUAUAUAUAUAUUCUUCAUUUUUGUACCAGUAAUCUCAUCUUUGUGUAGAUAUUGUUUUUUUGGUAUCAACAUGGCCUUUGUAGCCAGCGUCAGGACUCCAGAUUUUAUUUGAAGGCUGAUGGAAGCCCAAUAGAUAUUGUUUACAAC